CGGCCUCUCUUCCCUUCCCUUCUCCACACGAAUCGGACUUCGGGGGCUCUUCCGCCGCCGCCGCCCCGCCCUCGCCGCCGGCGGCCCGGACGAUGUUGGGCCACCUCCGGCGAUCCUCCCACCGAGUACUCAUUGCCAACCUCGCCGUCUACUCGAUACAGAGUUCACAAAUUGAGUUCAUAGCAGGCUGGUGUAGCAACCAUACCACCAGAAAUUUCUCUGCAGAUACAAGUAAUAGAGUUUCAAAUGAUCGAGGGCAUCAAUCAAGGGAGUUGAAACCAAGUCUUGUGAAGGAUGAUGUUGCAAUCAUCGAACGCAUACAAAACAGUACAAAGGAAUUGAGACAAGGCCCAGUUGGGAAAAAUCUGUCAUCGGCGGAGAAAAGGAAAUUUCUUGUCAACACUCUGCUUGACCUGGAAGAUUCAAAAGAAGGUGUUUACAGCACUCUGGAUGCUUGGGUUGCCUUUGAGCAGGAUUUUCCUGUGGCCUCAAUAAAGCAAGCACUUGUAGCUCUUGAAAAGGAGGAACAGUGGCAUAGAAUCGUCCAGGUGAUAAAAUGGAUGUCGAGCAAAGGACAAGGGAAGACUAUCAGAACAUAUGAGCAAUUAGUGUGUGCACUUGAGAAGGAUAAUAGAGCGGAUGAAGCUUGCAGAAUCUGGGAGUUUAAGAUAGCCCAUGAUCUACAAUCAGUUCCAUGGCGGUUUUGCCGUCUUAUGUUGGGUAUUUACUACAGAAAUAAUAAGCUAGAUAGACUUGUCAAGAUUGCUAUACAUGUGUGUAUAUAUACAAAGGCAUAGCACCUGGCCGAUCGGUUGAGGUGUGCUGCAACCUGCAAACCGGAGGGAGACAAAGAACAUGGCGAUUACGGAGGAGGAUGUGCCGGCGGCGAAGAAGAUGAAGACGACGACAGAGGAUGAUCAUGAGGAGGUGUUGCUGGCGUAUCCCCCGCGCAAGAAGGAGGAUGGGAAGAAGAUGAAGAAGGUGGUGAAGAGGCUGGGGAAGGAGGAGGUGGAGAGGCUGCUGUCGGUGACGGUGACCGUGCCGACCCUCAGCAAGGAGGCGAUGGAGGAGGACGAUGAGGAGGAUGUGCGGGAGAGGGAGAUGCUGCUCCGAGCCGCAUGCGCAAGGACCAGGUCCUCAUCCGCUCCCAGUUCGAGGCCAAGGGCUACGUCGACGUCCUGGACGAGGUCUCCGACGACGACGACGACAUGGAGAUGGAGCCGUUGUAACAUAACCUCACCUGUAAUCUGAAAUAUACUGGAAUAAAACACAUACCGACCGGCAAUUUCUUUUGAUUACGGAUUUAUUUUUUAAGUAGUUAAGAUCUUGAUUAACUAGACCCGUCACAUCAGCGUCACCUCUAAAACCUACAGCAUCGAGCUUCACAAUGCAGGUUGGAAACAUCUGAAUAUCUGCCAGUCUCUUGCCCUUGAGCUUCACAAUGCAAGUAUGUAUCCCCCGG